AUGGCCCGUGACGCCCAAAUCCUGGAACACUAUAUGUCCCCAGCUUACAACACAACGGCAUCGUGUGCUCGGCCAAGCCCGUACAGUGUCUAUUCUCAUGACCCUCGCGAUCCGGUAGUGUAUAUGAAAGUACCUCGUCAUCGCAAUAUAGCACCUUCCGGAAAUGGUACCGCCGGGUUUAGGCAGUAUGAGGUGAUGGAGAAGAUUCUUGAGCCCUUGGGCCCACAGCUCUGCCGUGCGUAUUUUGACAAUAUCCACCCACCAUUUCCUAUACUAGAUGAAAAGGCAAUCAUGGAAGCGUACCCCGAGGAAGGCCUCCCAUAUACUCUAGUAUGUGAGCUCUACGCCGUGUCACUGGUGCUAUGGGGAACUUCCAAGGCUAUAUCAGUCACAGGACGUCCUGCUCCAGACGUUCGCUACAUGUGGAAUCUGGCUGUGAGUGCGAUGAAUGAUGAUUUUAUAGCACCUGACCUGUCCACUGUUUUCUCAUGUAUCCUCGAUCUCCUUGGUCGACCCACAACCUCAAUCACAUACAAUGCAGUGAAUGUGGGACGCGUCGUCGCCCUGGCUCAGAGUUUGGGCUUGAAUCGCAAUCCACUGAACUGGGAUUUGGCAGCUCGGCAGAAGAACUUACGUAUUCGGGCUUGGUGGGGAACACUCAUUCAUGAUCAAUGGUAG